AUGGAUCUUCACGAAGAACUAACUCAGUGGUACGAGAAAAUACAAGCCUUUGACAACGAAUGCCAUCUGCUGUGCCCUCGUAUCAACGACGAAGACAACGAAAACUACAGGAUCCAACAUGACCCUGAAUCGGCCAUCUCGGAAGAGGAAAAGACGAAACGAAUCGAACAAGGACGAGCGCGCCUAGAAGUUACGUACUGGAACUGCUUGAUCUUUGGAUUUGAUCUAGACAGCCAAGGGAAAUGGGGGAAGCAGCUUGGAGACCGGCUCAACACCUGCCUAAAGCACUGCGCAGACUGUGUCUACAACUGGCACAUGAACCGCCGACCUCUUCUGCAACAGUUCCAGGAUCGGUGGAGUGAAGAUGUUGCCGCCGAAAUCAAGUCCAUGCUCGAAGGCAAAGAUAUCACGCGGAUCGACUUGAGUUUGCAAUGGGCCAAGAAAACUAUCGAGACUAUCGUAGCAACCUAUUCUACCUUCAAGAAGUCACAACUUGGCGAACAUUUGUCAGAGGUCCACAUUGCUGUUUAUGAGGCGUUGUGUUGCAUGCCUUACAUGGAGGAUCCAGAGCGACGAACUACAUUUCAAUUUGUUUUCCAGCGCCUCCAAGGAAAGAGUGGCCUCAAACUUGGAACCAAGGAGCCCCUGCCGGGAAUGACAUACUUCAUCUUCGAUCUCAGGAACCAAGACCGACGCACAUGGGCAACAAGCAACUAUCAGAAUCUCGACAGCAACUCCAUGACGCUCGAUCAAUUCGACUGGGCUGUUAGUGGUGGCCUCUCAAGAGCCAUUGACGAUAUCAGCAGAAGAGAUCCGCUCGUCCCAGAGUCAUGGCCCGACAUUGAGCAGUUCUGGCAAAGCUUCACAGAAAUAAUGAGAACGCUGAGUGCAGAUGUCAUCCUUCAACGCCUACGGAACCUAGAGCUCAAGCCCGGGAGUUUAAGUACAUACGACCUUCUCUUUCGUCACAUUCAGGAUUGUCCCGCAGAAAGUGUCUUGGUUAGCAACAUCAUUGUCUUGACAAAUUUCUUCAAGAAAGCGCCCAGGGCCUUUUGGGACGUCAUUGGCGAUGCUCGGCCUACUGUUAUCCCUGAUCUAGUCUUGAAAAGUCGAGUCUACAAGAACUUACUCCGUCAAUCACUGGACAACUGCUGGACAGGCUUUGACAGUGGCGCAUCCGACGCACCGUUUCCUACCUCGUGGGUUAACCCAUGGCUACAGUCUAUCCAGCGUGAUCAUAGAUAUGACGCUUGUGAUGGCUUUAUGCACACUCUACUCGAGACACUUGCCAAGGACCAGACUAUAGGAGAACCAGGUCGUGCAGCCUGCGUUCGAGCUGGGUUCGAUGCAUUGCAGCUCACUAUGUCUACAUUUGUUGAUCAGGAGACCAAAAUCGGUGCCGGUACCACUCACCUCUACGCUUGUUGCGCAUUUAACCUACCCAUGAAAUACAAAGACCUCAUCCUCCGAAACCUGCGUGCACCUGGACAAGAACGGGAGGGUUGGCAGACCUUCCAAGUGGCAAACGCGGCCAGGAAGGCUAUGCAAACUGCCAUGAAACUCGAUAUGAAGAUAUUUGCAGAGGAGUAUUCAGCAUGUCUCGAUGGAAAACAGCUUCAGGCAGCCGUCAUCAGGGACUCUAAGGUUUUCUGGCAAGGUGUUGUUGAGAUGUUUGAUGUGUCAAGUGAGCAGAUCGACCUCGCUAAAGAUAUCAUUUUGUCCUUGGAGCCACUGGUUGGUGUUGAGCAAGUCAGAGCUCUGAAGGGUAAUGAUCAAUUGAGUGACUCGAGCAAGAACUUCAACAAAUCCCUAAGCGAAACAGUGGAUAUCCUUGGAAAUCUACUCGGUCGUGUAUCGGAAUUGGACGCCACAGACUUGAAUACUCUUUUCAAUGACCGACUGGCGUUUCAGGGAACUAUAGCGCUAUCGACUCAUGGAGAAUCGGCGCUUGCUGAAGCAGCUUCUGAAUUGCUUAAAAGCUGGACUGGAGAAUUAUCCCAGAGUGGCGCUUUUGAACAGAUGUCCCAGCUUCACCCCGACCAAACGCUGUCGUCCAUAGUAUGGGCCUUAGAACGAGUUCUGAAACCGCCCUACCCCUGGGGACCUAUUCGGCCUAUUCUCAACAUGAGUAGAGACAUUCUUCGCGGAUUGACUGAUCCGAUAUCUGGAGUUCUGCGAGUCAAAACACUUGAGCCUAUGUCAGCUGCUAAAGUCUUGCGGUGGUGGAACGAACAAUGGCGGUUUGUGUCUAUAGCAUGCAGGAAUAUCGAUGGAUGGUCUCGAUACAUCCAGAACGCUGUCAUGACAGAGUUUUGUCGAGAGAUCAUGGAACUCGCUGAAGCUUUGGUUGCGGAAGACGGCUUGAUUACUUCUGCCAUCUCCAAGGCGCUCAGCAGGAGUGAGGAAGACACUAUGACUUCAAUCCUUGGUGCACCGAAACAGUACUUUUCUGGCAUGGAAAUCAUGAUCCGUCUGAAGGACAAGUGGCUUGUUGAUGUUACCGUAAGAGUCAUCUGCAAAAUCCUGACCCGACUCCGGGAAAACAAGCUUGAAAUUGCCCCAGCAUCCCGCAAGCUCAUCACCGAUGCCUGCUUACCUACUAAUAUCCCUGGAAAGUAUGUUAGGUCGACCAAUAUGACCGACCAACAACGAGCAGAGCUCCUUCAAGCUCUUGGACAAUCGGACGAGGAGGUGCAAAUCUUCCAGCUGGGAUUCGCUGAGAAGGGACCACCAUCGUCUAAACCCAAAGAUACUGUCAAGAAGCAGAGCAAGAUCGAUGCUUGGUCAAAAUCUGGGACCUCAUCCAGUGGCACUAUCACAACCCCAUCAUCCAGAUCUAACCGUGAUGAUGUGCAUGACCUUAGUAGAUCUAUCGACAGUCCCAUACUCAAGCAGCUGGACGCCCAGAAAGCUAGGGAACAGGCAAGAGCCAAAUCAAAGACCAACGCUAUGCUCAAGUCUAAGUCGAAGGUACCUGACCAGAAAGCUAUCUCCGCUCUGAAAGAGAGUAGACAGAAGGAGAAGCUUGAAAAGCAGAAGCGUGAUGCUGCAGCCAUUGCGAAGGCUAAGGCUCUCAGAGGAGAGACUGUACCUGGUGAGGGCUCAGGCUUGCUUGGUCUCGGCCUCAGCGGCAAAGACCAUGGCAAGAGCGAGAUAAUGGUCAACAGUUCGGAUGAAGAAUCUGAUGAGGACGAAGAGGACGAAGAAGAAGAUGCCGAUAACGAACUCGCUGCCCUAAGCACCGGAGGUCUGAAGACUAUGGACGAGGCCGAGAAACGCCUUUCAAAAGCCAUGCAAGAUAUGAUUCGUAGACCGGUUAAGAAGGUUAGACAACAGCGCUCAGUCAAAGAGAUGAGAGCCAGACUGAUUCCGCCUAUGGACCGACUGCACAACACCAUCCUAUCUUGGGAUAUCUUCCAUGGCGGUAACGAUCCCCCGAAGGGCCCAGUUGCAUCCGAGGUUGCUACCAAGUAUUCAAACCCCAAAACUUAUCAAGACACCUUCUUUCCACUACUAGCCUCAGAAGCCUGGCGGUCUUUCGUCACAGCCAAGGAUGAGAUAACAUCCCAAGCCUUCGGCAUGAAGAUUGCAAGUCGUGCUAGCGUCGACAGCUACCUGGAGGCGACGUUCACGAUGCCCGUGGUUCAGAAUCGGGAACGUGGUGUUUCUGAGGGGGAUAUUCUCCUCGUUUCCGAAGCUGAAAAUCCGUUGGGAGACCAGACAGCUCGACAUUGUUUGGCCAGAGUUCAUCGUAUCACCUACAAAAGAGAGUUGAUCGAGAUCACAUACCGUGUGGCUUCUCGAAACAACCCUAUGACACAGGUACUGACCCCUAACGUAAGCGUGUUUGGAGUGAAAAUUACCAACAUGACUACAAUCGAGCGAGAGUAUGCUGCUCUGGAAAGCUUGCAGUAUUACGAUCUGAUGGACGAGAUUCUGAAUGCGAAGCCGUCUCCUAUUCUUCGAUAUGAUGAGGCGAAGGUCAGCAACUGCAUGCAAAACUAUUCCCUGAACCAUGGACAAGCUAUGGCUGUUUUGGGUGCGCACGACAAUGAUGGUUUCACUCUUAUUCAGGGUAGUCCACCUGGUACUGGAAAAACCAAGACCAUCGUUGCCAUGGUUGGCACUUUACUCUCUGAACAACUCAGCCAAGCUGGCAAUCAAGGUAUCCCUGUGGGUGUCCCUCUACGACCAAGUGGCCCACAGACGGCAAUCAACCAAAAGCGAUCCAAAAAGCUUCUUGUUUGCGCGCCCAGCAACGCUGCUGUAGACGAACUAGUACUGCGACUGAAGGCUGGAGUCAAGACAAUAUCAGGCAAGACCAAGAAUAUCAACGUGUUACGACUUGGUCGAAGCGACGCUAUCAAUGCCGCUGUAAGAGAUGUGACUCUGGACGAACUUGUCAAGGCCCGUAUGGAGAGUGACCAAACCAAGGACAAGGCCAAGGCCGACCGUGAUAAGCUUCAUGAGAAUGCUGGAAAGAUCAAAGAGCAACUAGCAGUCCUUCGACCUCUCAUGGAAGCAUCAAAAGGCCACGAGGACCGAACGACUUACAACAAGCACUCCCGAGAGUUUGAUGCGUUGAAACGACGUCAGAUGGACAUCGGAAAGCAAAUCGAUGCCGACAAGAGCAGCGGCAAUUCGGUAGCUCGAGAGAUGGAACUACGUCGCCGACAAGUCCAGCAAGAAAUCUUAAAUAAUGCCCAAGUACUAUGCGCUACUCUGAGUGGUAGCGGCCACGAAAUGUUCCGAAACCUGGAUGUCGAAUUUGAAACGGUCAUCAUUGACGAAGCUGCUCAGUGUGUAGAGCUGAGUGCCCUGAUCCCCCUCAAGUAUGGUUGCUACAGGUGCAUUCUUGUCGGCGACCCCAAACAGCUACCCCCCACAGUCCUCUCCCAGUCCGCGGCGAAAUUUGGUUACGACCAAAGUUUGUUUGUCCGGAUGCAACAAAACCACCCCGACUGGGUUCACCUGCUGGACAUGCAGUACCGUAUGCACCCUGAAAUUAGCAUGUUCCCUAGUCGUGAGUUCUACGAAGGGCAACUUGCUGAUGGCCAAAACAUGCAUGAACUCCGACAACAGCCAUGGCAUCAGAGUGCGCUACUUGGGCCUUACCGCUUCUUUGAUGUACAAGGUGUCCAGGCGCGAGGUCACAAGGGACAAUCUCUAGUCAACACCAAGGAGCUGGAUGUCGCCAUGCAAAUGUACGAUCGCUUCAGCAACGAAUACGGCGAGUGCGACCUGACAGGCAAAAUUGGUAUCAUCACACCCUAUAAAGCCCAGCUCUAUGAGUUGAGGAACCGUUUCCGAUCGCGAUAUGGUGAGAGCAUCACGGACAUUAUCGAGUUCAACACGACAGAUGCAUUUCAGGGUCGUGAAUGUGAGAUUAUCAUCUUCUCAUGUGUUCGUGCCAGUUCUACAGGUGGUAUUGGUUUCAUGACUGACAUCCGGCGUAUGAAUGUCGGUCUGACUCGUGCUAAGUCGUCCCUUUGGAUUCUUGGAGACUCGAGAGCACUUGUUCAAGGCGAGUUCUGGAAAAAGCUCAUCGAAGAUGCUCAAUCCAGAGAUCGGUAUACGAAGGGUGACAUCUUGUCGAUGUUCAGGAAACCUUUGGAAAAGGCUAGGCCUGGUACUUACCUUCCGCCACCUAAAACCCAAGACCGAGAGGUUGUGAUCCGAGAUGCAUCACACGUAAUGUCCUCGGUGUCUUCUUCUCGGUCGAAUUCGCCGAAUAGCGUCGCAGCUCAGAAAUCAACACCCGCACCACAGAUACCUGGCAUUGGAGGAAGUGAAGAAGCAGAAAUUGUACCGCGGUCUGCUGGACCCCCUGUUAUUCAUACGCCAAGCACAUCUGGGGGAGAAAUAAAGAAGCGGCCACACGAGGGGCAGGAGACAAAUCAGCCAUUGUCCAAGAGGAUAGCGAGUGACACUAAAGUUCGAGGCAGCGGUCUCAUGAGCAAAUUUGGGCAGAAGCCGCCCCGGCCGCCCAGGCCCCCCACAGAUCCUUCGGCAAUGUCAGUGAUGGGAUUGGUGCCUCCCGAAAGACCACCUCCUGCUUCUAUACCUACUGGCCCGAAAAUCCCGACUGAGUCUCCAAAUCAAGACCACCGACAGUCUUUGGAUGGAAAUCGCCAGCAAGCCAGACGUCCACCUGGUCCACCACCGCCAUCUCGGAAGAAGGCCAAGCCAAGUCUCUUCGUACCAAAGAAACGGUAA